AUGAUUCAUGCAGGAAGUGAAGCUGGAUUUGUCCCUAACGCAUUGACGAUGUGGAAGGCUUCGAGCACCACGGGUGAUUAUCACGACAAUGUCAGGAAGGAAACCAUGAUCAAGUGGAUGAAAGAGAAACUUCUGCCGAACAUACCACCGAAGUCCGUGAUAGUUGUAGAUAACGCACCUUAUCACAAUGCGCAAUUAGACAAAGCACCCACAUCAAAUAGUAGGAAACAAGAAAUGAAGGACUGGCUAACCAAACAUGGAAUACAAUAUUCAAACGAAAUGCUGGUUCCCGAGUUGUAUAAGCUUGUACUGCUGAACAAACCAAGAUUCAUUCGAUAUGAAAUUGAUGAACUACUCACUGGUACUGACCAUGUUAUUCUUCGUCUCCCCCCCUCCUACCCAGAUCUAAACCCAAUAGAACUUAUUUGGGCUGAAGUAAAAGGUUACGUAGCUAGCAGAAACGUAAAUUGUAGCUUCGAGAUCAUCCGUUCAUUGGCACAGGAAAAAUUUGAUAUCAUUGGUGCAACAGAGUGGAAAAACAAGUGCGACCAUGUAAAAACUAUUGAAAAUAAUUACGCUUCAGCUGAGCCACCUCGUGGAAUCAAUGGUCAUAUCAGAUGGAAACAGCAACAGCAGUGA